AUGGGAGGUGUUAUUAGCUGUUGCGUUACCGGGGCAAACUCCGAAACAGAUUCUUUGGUGCAGAAUGCUCAAAAGGGCUAUGGGUCGUAUGGUAACGAGGACUAUGAUGCCAUUAAGAGAAAACUAGAGGAGGAGGAGCAGAAAAUUCUGGCCCGCGAACAGGAACUUACCGAAAUUGUGAAUAAUACAAACGACAAGUUGAUCGAUAUCUCCAUGAUGAGCAACAGCGGGAUAGUAAUACAGAGCCAUGAUCUCUGUGAUGCUACCUCUGACGAUACCGCAGGAGGUCCACUCAGCACGUCUGAACCACCUUGUCUAAGUAGGGUAGGGACGAAAGAAUUAAGUGACUCUCAACGCAAAGCGGUGAGAAGGUUGUACACCAGAUUUUUCGAACACUUGGAAACGCAGCUAUCACUGGAGAAUAGUACUGAACUAAUCGUGAAUCUUUAG